AAUGUGCUGCUUUUCUAUCUCAGAUCCAAUUAAUUUUCCCAGACUUCCUUUGUAUUAUCUCUGCUUUGUCUCUCUUGUUUAGCAGGAGCAAUGGCCUCGGUUUGGCAUCUCUUGUGGAGGGCUACCACCACAUAAGACCUGGAUGUCCUACGCUUUCCAGGGACAGAAGGAGACCCUUGAUCUGUCGGUUUCAGUGGAAGCUUGGUAGUAAAACUACUGUUGAGUGGGCCAGGGUUUCAGCAGACCAGCACAUGAAUGGGACCAGUUUCUCUUCUUCCCAAAUAUCAGAAAUUAAACACUUGGAAAGGAGAUUUGGCCAACAUGACCCAUUUACAGGUUGGACUCAGUCCAGAAACUAUAGAGAAAGCUCGUCUGGAACUGAAUGAAAACCCAGAUGUUUUACAUCAGGACAUUCAGCAAGUCAGGGACAUGAUCAUCACUAGGCCUGACAUUGGAUUUUUACGCACAGAUGAUGCCUUCAUUCUGAGAUUUCUCCAAGCCAGGAAAUUUCACCAAGCAGAUGCCUUUAGACUCCUGGCCCAGUACUUCCAGUACCACCAGCUAAACUCGGACAUGUUCAAAAACUUCAAGGCCGGACCCGGCAUUAAGUUGGCACUCAUCGAUGGGUUCCCUGGAGUGCUGGAAAACCGUGAUCACUACGGCAGGAAGAUUCUCCUGUUGUUUGCAGCCUACUGGGACCAGAGGAGGAACUCCUUCACAGACAUCCUCCGUGCCAUCCUGCUGUCCUUGGAAGUCCUUAUUGAAGACCCAGAGCUUCAGAUAAAUGGUUUCCUUUUAAUCAUAGACUGGAGUAAUUUUUCCUUCAAACAAGCCUCCAAACUGACACCUUCCAUCCUCAAACUGGCCAUCGAAGGGCUGCAGGACAGCUUUCCUGCCCGCUUCGGAGGAGUCCAUUUCGUCAACCAGCCCUGGUACAUCCAUGCCCUGUACACGCUCAUCAAGCCGUUCCUCAAAGACAAGACCAGGAAGCGGAUUUUCUUGCACGGGAACAACUUAAACAGCCUUCACCAGCUAAUACACCCUGAAUUUUUGCCCUCUGAAUUUGGAGGAACCCUUCCUCCUUAUGACAUGGGAACCUGGGCUCGGACAUUGCUGGGUCCCGACUACAGUGACGAGAAUGACUAUACUCACACUUCCUAUAACGCGAUGCACGUGAAACACACGUCCUCCAGCCUGGAGCGGGGGUGCUCCCCCAGGCCAAUGCAGAGAUCUCAGUCUGUGGUAGAAGCGGGGACCCUGAAACAUGAGGAGAAGGGAGAGAAUGAGAACACUCAGCCACUCCUGGCUCUGGACUGAACCCCAAGUCACUCCAUGUUCCCGUAUAU